AUGUUAGAAGAACAUGAAUAUGAUGACGAUAAUGAUGCUGUUCAAGAUCCAGCUAUUGUUCUUAAACAUCAAAAAUAUAAAACUCGAUUAUAUGUUGUUCUUCUUGCAGUGUGUCUCUAUAUGUUAUUCUAUGUUACUUUGGUAAAAACCAAAUCUGCAAUGAUUCCUAUCUCGAAUGUAACGCCUGAUAAUUUUAACAAGCUUUAUUCUGAGCAUGAUCAAACUCUUACAUGUCCAUGUUCAACAACAGCAAUACCUUAUCGAAAUUUUACUUCGAACAAUGUUACAAUGCAUCCGGUUUGUUCGAGUAUUUUUAUUGAAUCAGAAUGGAUCAAAGGAUUAUAUUUUCCAAAUGCAAGUCAAUAUGGAGUAUGGGAUUUUCGAACAACGGCACAUUCACAAUUUGAACUUUUAUCAAGUUUUUGUUCACUUUCAAAAGAAAUUAUUUCUCAAACUGAAACUGAUAUUGACAAUAAUGAACUGGUUACUCUUUACCUUCUUUCUCACGAACAAGUUCAAUCGCAAAUAGAUGGAACAAUUGACCUACUAAAGAAAAGUGCAUCGUCUCAAAUAAUAACAUAUUUAGAUUAUCUAAAAAACACAUUUCAAACAAAUUAUUUAGUUUCAGCUCUCAAUACAAAUUUAAUAAUUAAAACAAUACAGGUAGCUGAAUCUAUUCGUACACGUGCAUAUCAAGUAUCGUACCGUUUUGAUUAUAUUAACUACACACUAUGCAGUAGAAAGAAAAUAGUAGCUGAUGCUACUCUCACCCAAAUGAUUUACGAAUUAAGCGACGCCGAGAGUAGAAGCUCAAUGAAGCCGAAGCCAAAUUCUACAACUGUUAAUGGAUUCUUUACAGGAUGUACUCCUCUUGAAGCACUUCUUGAAAGUACAUUAGAUUGUUUAUAUCAGACAGAAUGUCUUCAAUUAUUAGUGGAUUAUUUUCCAAUUCGUCAACAAAUAAAUUUCCAUGCAAAUAAUUCAGCUUUAACUUCAAAGCAUGAAAAACUAUCUGUUAAUAAAUAUUUAAAUGAUCUUUUCAUUAUGAAUUGGUCAACAGACACUGAUUAUACAAAAUAUUUCCACCAAUGUUCUCCAUCAAACUGUACAUAUUUAAAAAAAGAUGGAACGGAAUUAUCUUAUGGAAUAACUCUUUUCAUUAGUCUUUAUGGUGGUCUCAUUAUAAUACUUCGUCUUAUUGCAUCAUGGUCUAUCGAUAUUCUAUCAAAAAUCAAAUGUUGUUCAAGAGAGAGAAAUGAAAAUUCAGAUGAAAAUGGAAAGAUAUUGAAAUUUAUUGAAUCAAUAAAACGAUUAAACUUAUUUAAGAAUGUUAAUGAUCGAACAGAAAAUAGUAUCAAACAACAAAAGAUUACUACACGUGUUUAUUUGAUUUUAUUAACUGGUUCAAUUUGUAUUCUUUGUUUAUUCACAUCAUUAAAUAGUGAAACUGUGACAAAAAUUGAAAAAAAUCCAUCGUUGACAACUUAUAAUUCUUUAAGAGGAGGCUUACAUUCCGCUUCACUCCAAUGUCCAUGCUCUACUAAAGCAAUUCCUCAUCAAAAAUUUGUCUCAUUGUCUCCAUAUUAUCAUCAAAUAUGCUCAAGUAGUUUUAUUCAUAUUGAUUGGAUUGAAAUUAUGAGAUCGAGUUUAUUUAAUAGUAUUUCUAAGGAUCGGCAGUUUCGUAUAUCCGCACUGUUUCAAUUAUUAUCUGAUUUUUGUCAAUUAGCUGAUAAGACAAUCAAUGAUGCUGUGAAACAAUAUCUUUCACGAUUAUUUAUUGCUUCUUUUGUAAUGAACGAAGAUGAUUUCGACAAACAAUUAAAUUCUAGUCUUAAUCAAUUUUAUCGAUCAACAAUUCAUAAUUUUGAUUUGAUGGCAAAUGCCUUACAACUUUUUAUGCAGGUUGAUCAGCUGUAUAUAGGAGCAAACCAAAAGGAUAUAGAUAAAGUGGACACCAAUCUAAUCGGAAAUAUUGUACAAGAUAAAACAAAUACAACUAAACUAGUAAAGCUGAAAUUUAUUUUAAACGAAAUCAAAGAAAUCAACUCGUCAAUGACUAGAUGUGUUUGUGCAACUGAUCCUUAUUGUAAAGUUCCGGCUGUUAUUUACGAUCCUGUUCAAGAGUUUUAUAUUAGCAAUAUAACUUAUAUAAUUUAUAAUGCAUCAGGUUGGAUUCGAGGAUGUCUUGUUAUCGAUGCUCUUCUUCAUUCCACACUUCAAUGUUUAUAUGCAGGUUCAAAUUGUUUUCCAUUAUUAUUGAGUGAUGCUACACAGCUGUCUAGUUUAUUGAGUAAUAACCAAUCGUCGCUUAUAAUUCAUCCAAUGGUUUAUAAUCCAACAAUGAGCCGUUUUCCUCCAAAUACAACUGUUUCAACCAUGUUUAAGGAAAUGAUGAUCGAAGAAUGGAAUCCAUCUCCAACGUAUCCAUCAUUUUAUGAAUCAUGUGCACCGAUUUAUUGUACUUAUUCUCAAAAAAUUCGUACAAAAAGUUUUGUUGGAGUGAUAAUAGAAUUGAUAGCAACAGUUGGUGGCCUUGUAGCUUUAUUACGAAUUGUGACACCUUAUCUUAUUAAAUUUAUUCUUAAAUUACCAACAAUAUGUAAGAAAAAGAAACAACGUCAACCAAAAGAACGAGGUAAUAAGAGUUUUAAUCAAAUCUCCACAGAUAAACUUUAA